UAUGCGUAGACAACAAUGCUCAAUACGUUUUUCGCAAUGAAUAUGUCUUCAGAUUUGCCCAACAGUUUGAGUCCAAAACUCUUCGAUGCGAUGGGUGUAUUGAAUGCUCUUCGACGGGGCAUUGUGAGAGGAGCUGAUCGUAUGGCUGAAUUCACCAGCAAACGUGGCUCAAGGACUCACUACAAAGGCAGAGGGGCACAGCCAACAGGAGUACUAACCUCCAGCAGAAAAUUUGUUCCAAUACAGGCAAUGAUCCCCCAGUUUGUGGUGCCUGACUUGGAGGGAUUCAGACUCAAACCCUACGUGUCGUACCGCACCCCGGUUGGAACGGAGCCCGCUGUCACCCCUGAGGGUCUGUUCUCCGAGGCUGUGGCCCAGCAGAUCCAGAAAGACUUUGAGGAAGGCUCAUUUGAUAAGGAACAGCUGGAGAAAUACGGAUUUGAGCCCACGCAGGAGGGAAAGUUAUUCAAACUAUACCCAAAGAACUUUAUACAAUAAAAAGGCCACCCAAUCUGAUCUAUCUGGAACUCUGACUUAGUAUCAAGGAUCGUUAACAAAUUUUGUUUGUGUUGGGAGGUCAAGUUGUUGCUAACCAUUUGAGACCGCUGAGCUGAUCAUAUGUUACUGGACCGUGGUGUAUUGUGAAUGUGCUUGCUGAAAGUACUAGUAUGUGGUAUUCUAAUUAAAAACAAAUGUAUUAUA